UUAGAAUUCGAAAUCGUCAAGUGUUAUAGACGCACCUUUAACUAAACUCUCAUCAACAAUCGACUUGAGUGCACUAUAAUUGAUUCAAAAGAAGGCACGAUCGCCUCUAAGCUUCACAGUGGACACUCAGCCACCAUCGGGAACGGUUGUGGUUCAAACUUUUGGAAUAUAUUCUACUACCACAAGAAACCUAUUUUAAAAUCGCGACAAGAAUUUUGCGAUGCCGCCAAACGCCGUCUCUAGACCAGCGGACUCGUUACCAGCCUGUGGCAACGAGCAGGAGCUGCUGCAAUCCAAAGAGAACCCAAAUGCAUCCAAGCAAACCGGAGUGCUCUUCGAGGCCGAUGCGGAAACUAAUGACUGCGCCCUGGCUGGUGACAUAACGCAAUUGAAGAAGGCCGAUAAACGCAAAUUAAAAUGGGUCUGGCGUAAUAUUAUUCUAUUCGGUUAUUUGCAUUUGGCUGCUCUAUACGGUGGAUACUUAUUCCUCUUUAAAGCCAAAUGGGCAACGGUUGCAUUCUCUAUUGUACUUUAUACGAUGGGCAUGAUCGGCAUUACUGGAGGUGCCCAUCGCCUGUGGGCGCAUCGUUCCUACAAGGCCAAGUGGCCACUCCGCCUGAUACUGAUCACAUUCAAUACGAUCGCCUUCCAAGAUGCCGCCUUCCACUGGGCACGCGAUCAUCGCGUGCAUCACAAGUACUCGGAAACCGAUGCUGAUCCUCAUAAUGCCACACGUGGUUUUUUCUUCUCGCAUGUCGGUUGGCUGCUGUGCAAGAAGCAUCCCGAUGUGGUGGCCAAGGGCAAAGGCUUGGAUCUGUCCGAUCUGCGUGCCGAUCGCAUUCUCAUGUUCCAGCUGAAAUACUAUUUGAUUCUCAUGCCACUGGCUUGCUUUAUUCUGCCCACUUUGGCACCCAUGUACCUGUGGAAUGAGACGCUGAUGAACUCGUGGUUUGUGGCCACCAUGUUCCGUUGGUGCUUCCAGCUCAACAUGACCUGGCUGGUGAACAGUGCUGCCCACAAAUUUGGUGGACGUCCCUAUGACAAGCACAUCAAUCCAUCCCAGAGUCCUUACGUGUCCGCAUUCACCUUCGGCGAAGGCUGGCACAACUAUCAUCAUGUCUUCCCCUGGGAUUACAAGACCGCCGAAUGGGGCAGAUAUACGCUCAACAUGACCACCGCGUUCAUUGAUUUCUUUGCCAAGAUCGGCUGGGCCUACGAUCUGAAAUCGGUGGCACCCGAGACAAUUGAGCGUCGUGUGCGACGCACUGGCGAUGGCAGCCAUGAACUGUGGGGUUGGGGGGACAAGGAUCUCACCGAAGAGGAUGUUAAGCAUGUGCUGUUCGUUGACAAGACGAAGUAGAGAGAGAAAUAGUACUUAAAUUAUAUAUUAUACUAUACUAUUCUAUAUUAUAUAUACUUUUUUUUAUUUAUGCACGCUAAGUUCGAGUUAGGGGAAAGGAUACUAUAUUAAUAAAAUUGAUAAAUACUAAA